AUGCCGCUAUCGGAAUCGCACUUCAAAGCUAUCUCGGUCACGGAGCGAGUCUGCUCGGCUGUUUCUCUCUUUGGAACCUUUAUUAUUGUUAUAUCUUUCCUUUCCUCCUCGUCCUUUCGCAAGCCCAUCAACCGACUAGUAUUCUACGCAUCAUGGGGCAACAUGAUGGCCAAUGUCGCAACCCUGAUGUCUCAGUCAGGAGUUCGGCUGGGCACCGGAAGCAGCGUCUGCCAGUUUCAAGGCUUCCUUAUCCAGUGGUUCAUGCCCGCUGAUGCCUUGUGGACUUUCGCCAUGGCCUGCAAUGUGUAUCUCACUUUCUUUCAUAAAUACGACUCUAAGCGGCUGCGGCAGUUGGAGCUGAAAUAUCUACUGGCCUGUUAUGGAUUGCCGUUCAUUCCUGCAUUUGUUUAUUUCUUCAUCGAGACCGAGACCCGGGGCAAGAUCUACGGCUCCGCAACGCUUUGGUGCUGGGUCUCGACACCUUGGGACUUUCUACGCAUUGGCCUCUUCUAUGGGCCAGUGUGGUUAAUCAUGUGCUUGACCAUCUUUAUCUAUGUGCGCACAGGCAGUGUCAUAUAUAAGAAGCGGCAGCAGUUGAAUCAGGCCGGCAACUCCGACUCUACCAGUACUACUGAAAACAUGCAGAACAUUCAAUUUUCCAAAGUCACUGAGUUUUCCAUUACUCGGGAAGUUGUGCAUGCUCUGCAAGUACCGUUCGGGGAAGAUAGUGGUCCAAUAUCAACCAAGAGCCUCCACACAUUCUACUGUCCAUAUUCAGUUACAAUUCAGGGCGGCAGUGAGCCCAAAAGUAGCGAGGGUACUGCAGAGCAAUCUUCCCGGAAUGACCAGUUCAGCACUAGUAUUCAACGCCGAGCGACAAUGAUAGAGACAAACUCGGCAGCAUGGGCCUACAGCAAAUAUGCAAUCCUUUUCUUCAUUGCGCUAUUGAUCACAUGGGUGCCGUCCACUGCCAAUCGAGUUUACUCACUAGUUCUCCCGCACAAUCCACCCACGAUGGCCGCAUAUACCAAUCCCACCAACAGCACCACCCGGCCCGCCGCCUCCCCCUCUCCUCCCCCUCCUGCCCCUGUCGCAUUGACCCCCGGCCCACGCGUCGCCAAAUUGCAGGAAAUCUUCGACAAGGCACUGGCGCGCACCCUGCGCGCGAACUCAUAUGCAAACUUCUCAAGCUGUUUUCCCACUCCCGCCAAACAUGUCCCCGCCAGCUUGGAAUCCGUUUGGCGACAGCUGAAUGCCAAAUUGGAGGAGAGCGCCCGAGCCGAAUUUGAGGACAUUCUGACGGAGAGAGAUGCGAUCCGGCAAUUGAAUGAGCUGGAUCGGUUGGUUGGGGAGGCGAGGUAUAGGAAGGACCAUGGGGUCGGGGGGGAGAGUGUUGCUCCACAUACGUUGCCGCCGGACGAUCUUUUUCGAGCACAUCUUCUACCCUACAUGCAAGAAACGCAGUCGGAUCUGAAGACCAACAUCGAGUCGGUUCAGAAUGAGAAUACGGAGCUGGCGCAGCGGGUGCAGGCGCAAAGGGAGGAGAUUCAAGGAUUGUUGCUGAAUCUGGAGUCUAUUGUUGCGGACCUGGAGGGCGCUGCUGCCGCUGCGACGCAGUUCAGCAGUGACAAUAAUCUCCGCCAGGAGGCUGCUGAGAUGGAUGAAGAAGUUAGAUCUCGGUCUGAGAUAUGAAUAAGACUUCCAAGC